CAGAGCUUCAUCAUCGCAUUUUAUGGCAAAGUCAAACAAAACCUUAAGGAUCCCCUCUAUUCUUGAAGCUUCAACCUCGACCUCCAUCUCAAUCUUAAUCUCAAUAUCGAAAACAUAAAUACAAAAACCGCAAUCAUGGCAGAAGGAAUUGAUAGGAAGAUGGAUGAUCGUAUGGAGUUUACAACUUCUGCAGAUGUUACUGUCGCGCCAACUUUUCAAGAUAUGCAUCUCAAGGGUAUGUUAACUUGUGUGUAUAUCUGUAUCUGGUUAUUAGGCUCAUGAUUAUAUAGAAAAUCUACUCCGUGGUAUUUACGCAUACGGUUACGAAUCUCCUUCAGCUGUACAAUCUCGCGCGAUUGUUCAAAUCUGCAAAGGUCGCGAUACUAUUGCUCAAGCUCAAUCUGGUACUGGUAAAACAGCAACCUUCUCUAUCAGUAUGCUUCAAGUUAUCGAUACCGCUGUCCGCGAAACUCAAGCUCUGGUUCUAUCACCUACUCGAGAACUUGCCACUCAAAUUCAGUCGGUUGUCAUGGCGUUGGGCGACUAUAUGAAUGUACAAUGUCAUGCUUGUAUCGGAGGUACGAAUGUUGGAGAAGACAUUCGCAAGCUGGAUUAUGGACAACAUAUUGUUUCUGGAACUCCAGGUCGUGUCGCUGAUAUGAUUCGUCGUCGAAACCUUCGCACUCGUCAUAUUAAGAUGUUGGUUCUUGAUGAAGCUGAUGAGUUGUUGAACCGUGGUUUUAGAGAGCAGAUCUACGAUGUUUACCGUUAUCUUCCACCUGCGACACAAGUUGUCGUCGUUUCUGCCACCCUCCCCUACGAUGUCCUCGACAUGACUACGAAAUUCAUGACCGACCCGGUCCGCAUUCUUGUCAAGCGUGAUGAGUUGACAUUGGAAGGUUUAAAACAAUACUUUAUCGCUGUGGAGAAGGAAGAAUGGAAGUUCGAUACCCUUUGCGAUUUAUAUGACACCCUUACCAUUACUCAAGCUGUUAUAUUCUGCAACACAAGAAGAAAGGUGGAUUGGCUGACGGAUAAGAUGCGUGAAGCUAAUUUUACCGUUUCGUCAAUGCAUGGAGAGAUGCCUCAAAAGGAAAGAGAUAGCAUUAUGCAAGAUUUCCGUCAAGGAAAUUCUAGAGUUUUGAUCUCUACUGAUGUCUGGGCUCGUGGUAUUGAUGUUCAACAAGUUUCAUUGGUCAUCAAUUACGAUUUACCAGUCAACCGUGAGAAUUAUAUUCACCGUAUUGGUCGCAGUGGUAGAUUUGGAAGAAAGGGAGUUGCGAUUAAUUUCGUAACUAGUGAGGACGUUAGGAUUUUGAGAGAUAUUGAGUGUAAGUCUUCACUACGUUGAGUCCUAUCGCGCAUCGCUAAUUUGUUUGAAACAGUGUACUACUCAACUCAAAUCGAUGAGAUGCCAAUGAAUGUUGCGGACCUUCUUACUUAGUUUUUCUUAGGCCAAUGUAGUCGAGGAGGUAUAAAUGAAGAAAACGACGAUGCUUCAUAAGCACGUCAAGAAAGUAGCUUGCGUGGAGGAAACGGGCAAUGUCCAAUAAAGUGAGCAUUUUCAGUAUAUCAUAGUAUUGUACCAAGCUAACAUUUUGAAUAUAGAAUUCGGAUUGACAUCAAUUCACAAGCAAUUCUUACCGGGAAUUACAAGAGAAAAGGUAUUAAAUGAGACAUACUGUCAAAUGUGGAUUAAUUUCCGUGUAACUAAACCUGAUAAUAUGGGUUCCUAAAUACUCCGCCUCCUCUUUGGCUGGUUCAUAUCCAAAUAGAUCGAAAGGAACGGCCACGGACUUUGCGAUUGACCUGGACAAUAUCAAACUUGCAUUGUUGGUAAUGUGAGGCAGAUUUGGGGUGAAAUCAGAUCCAACAAAUAGUUCUCUAUGGCCGCCAUGGCCGCCAUGGACAUGUUUCGUUUGUCGCCUAGAUUAACCUGACACUGUAAGUGCUGGCUGAGAAAAAAAGGAGCACCGCCACAAGAAUCGUUCACCAACAUUGGCCGACGAAAAGUCUAGCCAAUGGAGCACAGCACAAACUCUCACCACAUCAUCAUGCUUUCCCCAAAACGUAUGACUUCUAUGUGACGAUAACCCCUCUAUCCCAUGUAACCUAAGCAGAGGCUCAAACAUAAACAGGACAUAGAAAUAGGUUCGAUUGACUGGUCGCAUUGAAUUGACUCGCUUAAGGUUAUGUAUGGGUAGGUCUGUUGUCAAAUUAUUUAAAAACAGUUGACGUACGUGGUAGGAAUAAAGUCAUAUUUAGUCUUGAGCAAAUAAUCAUUAACUAGGUCAAGUACCUAGGCACUUAGAUACCUAGGUAGGUAAUGAAUGUACAGAGUAGUUAUAA